CACGUGUUAAACAAACACCACUUUUUCACCACUACUCUGUGUUUGUGCUGCAGUGUGACCUGUGGUGACCCUGUACCAAACACGCGUUCCUCCGGGGCAGCAGGGGGCGCUGCAGCCCCGCGGUCCGCCUGCAGGUGUGCGUCUGUGCGGACGGCUCAGUCCGCUACAGGUGUCCGAACAGCGCGCACAGGAGCUGCGGGGCUCUGAUGUCGGAGCCGGAAAACGAUCCGUAGAGAAGUUUAAGGACGUUAGAAGUUAAAGUUGCUCCAUGUGACGCCACCAGCAGACUCUACAGACAGAACCAUGAAGCGGACCAAGCAGAUCGACAUCAAACACGCCCUCGCUCUGGCGAGCGCCUUCCACUUCCUGUCCUCCUUCGCUCGAGCCUGCCUGCUGCCCUUCCUCACGCUCUUCUUCAGACAGCUGGGCCUGACGCCCGCCAUGACCGGCAUCGUCAUGGGGACCAAGCACUCGGUGUCUCUGGUGUGGAGCCCGGCGGCCGCUCUGCUGUCCAAACACUACAACAAGAGGCGAGCGGUGAUCAACGCGUCUCUCGUGGCUUCAGCUGCCGUCGCUCUGCUGCUGCUGCUUCUGCCGCCCGCAGACGUCAACACGAGGGUCAGCAGCUGUGUCCCGUCCGACCUGAGCGUCAGUCCGAACAAAAGCGUGGACGCCAACCUGCUGGUGAACACCACUGCUGCACCUGGACCGCUGUCAAAUAAGACUCACCCAGAAGCUCCCGUUACCCCGUCUGCUGUCACGUCUAAUGCCAGCGCAGCACCCGAUAUGAAAUCUCCUGUUACAGCGAGAAAUCAUUCACUUCAUCAGCAUGAUCCAGCAGAACCCUCCAAAACAGGGAAUACGUCAGUGGAGGUGAACAGCAGCCUGUCAACGGGACCAGAGGUGAACAGCAGCUCGGUGAGGAACACGAGGUCCGAGGUUGCCGCCACCCAGGGUCAGGGGGAGAACCAGGAGAGCGGCUCGGACUUCCUGGGCAGCCUGAAGGCGAUGGACGCUCAGCACCAGCUCUUCUUCAUGGUCCUCCUCAUCGUGGUGCUGUGGGAGUUGGUGGCGUGCCCCCUGGAGUGGACCGUGGACGACGGCCUGUAUGAGUAUUUGGACUUUGCGGACGCGUCGGACCGCUACAGCAGCAGCGGGCCGUGGGGGCUGGUCGGGGCGGCGUGUGGCGUCGGUGGAGCCGGGUUACUGGUCAGCAAGCUGAACUGCUUCAUCGCCGCUGAGACCCCCAGGAGCGCCGCACACUUCUACAUGUACGCCGGCCUGGUGGCCCUGAUCCUCCCCGCCGCCGUGUCGCUGCCUCUCCACAUCACCAGGAAGCACGACCGGGCCAACCGGCUGCUGAAGGCCGUGCAGCUGGUGCGUGGAUCCCCCCGCGCUCUGCUCUGCGCCGUCACCACCCUGCUGGUCGGGGCCGCCGGCUCGGCCGUGGACAACUUCCUCCUGUGGCAGAUUCAGGACCACGGCGGCAGCGAGCUGCACAUGGGGCUGGCGCUGGCCGUCGCUCUGCUCUCUCAGGCCGCCUUCCCUCUGCUGGCCGGGCGAGUGUCCAAGCUCCUCAGCCCGGGGAGGAUGCUCGCGGUCGGGGCGGCGAUGCUCGGGCUGCAGUGCCUCUACUACUCGUUCCUGUGGGCAGCGUGGGCCGCGCUGCCCGCUCAGCUGCUCAGCUGCUUCGGCAGCGGCGCCCUGUGGUGGGCGGUGAAGGUCCAGUGUGAGGACGUGGCCAUGGCCGGGGCGGAGAGGAACGUGAGGAGGGUCUACAGCUCUCUGUGUCUGCACCUGGGAGCGGCGCUGGGGAGCUUCGCCGCAGGCUUCGUGGUGCAGCGGGUCGGCCUGGCGUGGCUGUUCAGAGGGGCGGCGGCCGCUCUGGCGCUGUGGUGUGUGCUGCUGCCUCUGCUGCAGUGGAAAGCUCCUCGCCAGCGCAGGAUCAACUACUCCCGUCUGUUGGCAGCCGAGGCGAGUGAAGCCAGCGACUCGGAGUCGGAGCAGGAGAACGACUGGCUGGAUAAAGCCAUGGAGCCCGACGGAGGCAGCCAGCAAAACGGACGGAGAGCCAAGCACUGAACUGUACAGAGUAUGAAGGACAUGAAGCUGUGCAGAGACUGGCUGUGGUUCUGGUGGUGGAGCAGGUUGGCGGUUCUAUCCCUCCAUAGUUAAAGUGUCUUUGGGCAAGACAGUGAAGUUGCUCCAGUGGCGGGCAGCAGCUUGUUGUGUGAAUCAGAACCACACUGUGAAGCUCUUCUGGUAUCACUGAGGUGCUGUAGAGACCGUUUAUCAGUAAUUUCCAUUGAGGUGGAUUCCAGCUUCACUCAAACACACGUCACUCUUAAUAAACCAGCUCAGAGUGUGAUAAUCGGUUUCCCUCCCUGACGGCUUUAAUUACAGUCCACGUGUUGACUUUUAACUCUCAUUACUCUGAUUUAAAUGUUCUGUCCCUCCGUUGGGCUCCACUGAUGGAUUCCAGGAUUCAUCUCGGGGCCUCCUGAGCCUUUACUCAUGUACAUUUGCAUAAACGCUUCUUCUUCUUUCUUUCUUUUUUUUUUUUUAUAAAGCAAACAAGGCAGGAGGAUUAUGGGAUGGGCAGAUCAGCACCACUGAAGCUUCUUACGAGGAGCGCAAACACAAGCCGUGUGCUCAGGGUGAGGCCGGACUGCAUCCGGUUCAACCGCAGCCCAACAGGGGAAAGAAAAUAAGAAUGAUCUGCUGUCAGGUGUCAUGUUUGUGCUUCUUUCUGGACACUGAGCUGUGAAGUGAAACACUGAUUAAAGAAGCUGGAAAAUC